UGCAUCUUGUGGGGCGAUAGAGUCGUAAUCCCGGGCAAACUGCAACGAACUGUUUUAGCGGUAUUGCACGACGGACAUCCGGGCAUCGUGCGGAUGAAAGCACUCGCACGGAGCUACGCCUGGUGGCCGGGAAUCGACAAAAGAAUCGAGGCCUGGGUCGCUACUUGUCAACGUUGCCAGGACGUCAGCAACGCCCCACCUAAAGCAAGCCCAACCGAAUGGGAAACUCCGAGGGGACCAUGGUCCCGUAUUCAUAUUGACUUUGCGGGGCCUACAAAAGGGCACACUUUCCUUAUUACAGUUGACGCCUAUUCAAAUUGGCUCGAGAUCCAUCGAAUGAACACAACUACAACAGACUCAGUUAUCAACAAAUUAAACAGACUAUUUGCCACACAUGGUUUUCCGGACGUUCUGGUUUCAGAUAACGGCCCACAGUUCACAGCAUUACCAUUUGAACAAUAUCUUGCUGACCGGGGCAUCCGCCAUGCGCUAACCUCGCCCGCGCACCCUGCGGCGAACGGACGUGCAGAGCGCAUGGUACAGUUUGUAAAAAAGACCCUCCAC